UUUGAGGCGAAGUUCAUUCGGGAGGUACGCAUUUUGAAUGGAGUUCGUGCGACCUAAUAGAAUCACAAGACAAAUCGUGAGAACGAAGCUGUGGUGCGUAUAUUUGUGACGGAGGUUUCUUGCGCGUGUAAUUAAAAACUGUAACUUUUGGACCCUCGCGUAGACUUGACAGUAUCAGCAGAAUGUAAACUAACAUUUUUCGGAAGACCUACAAUAACAACAGAGGAGUGACGUGAUGGCCACGCCUGGCCACCAGCCUCACCCAAUGCCUGAGUUUCGCAGUGCACUCAGCCCCUUGUGCAUCAGCGAAGGCAGCCAUGAAAUUGUGCGACCCAAACCCCGGAGGCCAGGGGGAGGAAGCAGGGACCUUGUGCCAAGCACUAUGUACAGCAGCUACCCACAGCAGCAACAGCCCUCUCACCAGACCCACCACCAGCAGCACUUGCCCUUGCUUCCUCAGCACCAACCCCUCACGCAGCACCUACCACCACAGCAGCAGCAAACACCUCAGCCACAAGUAUCGCAACUGCAGCAGCCCCAAUCACAACUACAGGGAGACUCCCUGCCUGCACAGGCCCCCCCACACGCAGGCAGCCACUGCAGCUUUUCUCAAAUUCAUCUUAUUGAUGAAACACCUGGCAAUCGUAGUUUCAAGAUGCAACCUCACAGAACAUCAGUAUCUCAAGCAGUGAUGAAUAAAAUCUCUGUGUCAGGAAAUGGGUCAACCAGAUCAGUUCAUACAAAUGGAAACAGGAACUGCAGUAAUAGUGGGAGUGCAGGCCGUAGCCAUAUGCACCAUCACCUUAGUGUGGAGGAACUACGCAUCAUUCAGCGAAGGCAGGACUCAAAUGGCAGCUCUUCAGAUGAUGGCACACGAAGUUCAGGCCAUGCCAGCAUGUCUGAUGGUCAUUUGAGUUCCUCUCCUCCUGCAGAGAGGCACCAGCACUACCGUUCACCUCUCAACUCUGUGCCUGAGGAUGACAGAUUGUCUGCUAGUGUGAUGAGAGCAUCUCGGAAAACUGGUCACACUCGCAACAGGCAUAGAGCAACCCCAGCAAAGUUGGUACCAUCAGGAUCUGGUUUAGAGGACAUUAAACUUGCCAUUCAGCAACUGACAAUGAGAUCACAUACUUCAAAUACUGGCUAUUCCACAUCUACAUACUCAAGUUUAAGUGGGAGUGAAUCUAGUGAACCUGCCAUGAGAAGGCUAAUACGGCAUUCGUCUCUUGAAACUAUCAACACCAAUGUUACAAGUGCUGAUGAAUUUGUGUGGGUGGAAUCUAACAAUAGGUUGGUGGAAUUGCAGCACCUCCCAUGGUCUAAUCAUGAUGUCCUACGAGUGAUCCAGAAUGGAAGGUUGAAAGAGCACAUGGACAGAGUGAGCAUGGAGACAGUCCCUCGCUUGUCAUAUUUACUACAGCGGGCUCUGGUCAGAAUUAGCCGAGAGACACAGAGAUUGUCUCGGCCUCUCGGCUUGUGCAGUAAGCAUGAAGUGAAUUCAGCUUUACGUAUAAUGUUGUGUCCAGCUUUGGCAGACUCUUGUACAAAGGCUUGUUUACGUGCUGCAGCAAUGUUUGCUGUGUCUGGUGACUUGCAAUUGAAGCAGAGUAAAUCAUGUCGAGCCGGAUUGCAAUUGUCAGUAGGCAGGUUUCAACGAUGGAUGGCUGAUGUUCGGCUUGGAAAAUUUGUUCAUGAGUAUGCUGCAAUUUACCUAACAGCAGGAAUAGAAAACCUUCUGGAAGAAAUUAUUUUGCAGUGCCUUCCUACAGAAGUAGACACAGUUCUUAGUGCUAGCAUGUUUGAGCAUGCCAUAGCAAGUAAUGGUGAAUUGUGGGGCCUGCUUCAGCCUUACGCCCACCUGAAUGCUGGUCGCAUUGCCUCGGGUGCUUUAGCUAUGCCUCGGUGGCCAAGUGUGUCCAGCAUGAACUCUGAAGCAACUCACAUCAGUGGCAAAUCCCUAGAGCAGUCAUUGCUUACCACUUGCGUUGGCUCAGUACAGGAAUUGACAGAACUUCUAACUCGCACAAACACCCGACCUCUCACGUGGACAUCAUCAGCCAUACAAGCAUUAUUCUAUUUCAUGCGCUGCUCUCAGCUGGAGCAUGCAGAACAUAUGUCACCCAUUCAAGAACUGGUGUAUGAGCGAGCGUACGUGGUGCUCCCACCACUGGUGGAGUGGUUGCGUGUAGCAGCUGCCCAUGCAGAACACCGACAUGCCUCUGCUCUUGACCAGGAUGAUGUGAUGCAAGCUGCACGACUUCUAUUGCCUGGUGUUGAUUGCCCUGUACGUCAAACUGGUGCCUGUGAUAUGGAUCCCCUAACCCCUGUCCCGACGAGUACAAAGCGUUCAAAUGAGGAGGUAGAGUGUGUACGCAAGCUGAAGUCUGAUCUAGCUUUUCGAAUGCUGAGUAGUGGACGUUCUGAUCUUAUCCCACAUGCUCUGCAGCUUUUGCCUGCCAGCAAGAAAUUGAACAGUGUCAAUGAAAAUGGAUUAUCCCCAUUAAUGUUGGCGGUACUACGUCAUGAUGAAGGAGCUGUUCGCUGCCUACUUGAUGCUGGAGCAGAUCCUGAUCUGGAAACUCCUCCACAUGGAACACCUGGGAGUGCGAGUGUUCAUGCUGAAACGCAGCACUGGACUGCUUUAACCUAUGCUGCUCUUCAAGGAACUUGCAACAUUGUGAGAUUGCUAUUGGACAGAGGAGCGCAUGUGGAAGGUGGUGCGCGCCUCAGUGAGGACAAAUGCACUCUCACUCCCCUGCAGGUGGCUGCAGCCAGUGGACAUAGUGAAAUGGUGCUGUUGCUGCUCUCCCAUGGAGCUCACACAUUCCUCUCCACUUUGCUGAAGGACUCCCUCUGUUAUUCAGGGGCUGCUCAGAGAGGCUGCUACAGUGCAUUGUCUGUAGCAGCUGCGCAUGGCCAAAGAACCAUCCUCCACAAACUUCUUUCUCAUCCUUUGAAUACAAAUAACAAAGAGGUCCUAUCACUGGAAGAGAUUUUGGCAGAAGGUGCCAGUCAGCUGACUGCUGAUCGGAGAGGUGGUAGGAUGCAGAUGAGUUCCUGUUCAAAUGUUGGGAGUAAUGACAGUGGUGGAUGUUCUGUCAAUCUGCUGAGCAGUGACAGUUCACAGCUCCUCAAGCUGAGCAAGACUCAAAUUAAGUCACUACAGGAGGCUAUGUAUCACAGUGCUGAAAAUAACUAUUUAGAUAUGACAUUGGAUUUACGCAACCUGGGAGUGCCUUGGACACUGCAUUGUUGGAUGCACACACUGGGAACAGCACAUGAGCAGAGACUGGAUAACAUUAUCGACCAGCUUCUGCAAGAUUUCCUGCAAGUGUGGCCUGAUGACUACUCCACCCAGUUUGUGGAUGAAUGUCUGCCUCUUUUAUUUAACAUCUUUCGUUUCAGUAAGAAUGAGGGCACCACUUUGCUUCUGGCUGACAUAUUUUCUACCUGUUUUGGUUGGGAGGCCAUCAAAUCAAUUCGUGAUACUUCAUUUUCUGGUGGAACAAGAAUAGAUCCAAAAUUUGUGAACAAUCCUGAAUUGAGUGAUGUUCAAUUCAGAGUUGAGGGUAGAGUUUUUUAUGGCCACAAAAUAGUACUUGUUACCUGGUCUCCUCGAUUUCGAGCCAUGCUUAGUUCCAAAUUGUGUGAUGGCAGUCCACCCGUGGUGCACAUCAAUGACAUAAGAUAUCACAUCUUUCAGCUGGUGAUGCAGUAUUUGUACAAUGGUGGCUGUGAGAACCUUAAAGUGGAACAGUCAGAUGUACUGGAGCUGAUGGCAGCUGCAAACUUUUUCCAGCUGGAUGGUCUAUUGAGGUUCUGUGAGGCCCAAUGUUCCAGCAUGGUUGACCUUGAUAACAUUGUAUCAAUGUAUAUUCACGCAAAGGUAUACAAUGCCAGUGAACUACUUGAGUACUGCCAAGGCUUCUUGCUACAAAACAUGGUGGCUCUUCUUACUUAUGAUGAUUCGGUGAAGAGAUUACUCUUUGGCAAGAAGUUGCACAAUCACGAUGUGCUAGCUGGUUUGCUGUUAACGCUUCAAGCCAGAAUCAAAGUUCGCAACAUGGCAUCAAAUGCCCAACGCUCAGGAAAGCCUAAGAGAUCUCAAACCUUUUCUGCUGGUCGUAGGGAACAUUGCAGCCACACCAAAAUGGACGAACCUCGCUCCCUCUCCACAAAGCGGCGCUGGAUCCCUCCUUCGACUGUUAGACGCGAUGCACUCAUCCCAGAAAACCGGAAUGACCUCAUUUUCCGAAAGGUUCGAGGAAUCCUCAAUAAGCUCACCCCGGAUAAAUUCCAGAAGCUGAGUGAUGACCUCCUGCGUACAGAACUUAAUUCUAGUGUGAUUCUUAAAGGUGUUAUACUGCUUAUCUUUGAGAAAGCCCUCGAUGAGCCGAAGUACAGUUCUAUGUAUGCACAGCUGUGCAAAAGGCUCUCUGAGGAAGCACCCAAUUUUGAACCUGUACCUAAUCCCUGCACGUUUCGUCUGCUGCUUUUGAACAAGUGUCGCGCUGAGUUUGAAAACCGUUCCAAAGCCUUCGAAGCCUUUGAGCGAGAUGGCCCCCUGGCACCGGAGGAGGAGGAACGGCGGCAGCUCUCCAAGCGCAAGAUGCUUGGAAACAUCAAGUUUAUUGGAGAACUGUGUAAGCUGGAGAUCUUGGCAGAGGGCAUCUUGCACAGCUGUAUCCAGCAGUUGUUGCAGAAGAAAAGUGGGUGCUCCGUCAGAGACAGAGCAGAGGACUUGGAAUGUCUCUGUCAGAUAAUGAAGACUUGUGGUCGGAUUCUGGACUCUGACAAAGGACAGAAACUGAUGGAUCAGUACUUCCAGCGGAUGGCUGUUUUGGCAGACAAUCAAGAUUUGCCAUUGCGUUUCCGCUUCAUGUUACGUGAUGCUGUUGAACUGCGUCAAAACAAAUGGGUUCCUCGUAAAGCCACCAGUACCGAAGGACCUAUGCCCAUAAAUCUGAUUCAUGAUGAGGAUCCCAGAGGUCGAGUAGUGAAGUUCCAGUUGGGGAGUGGUGGAGUUCCUGGAGGGGGCUCCAUAAUGUAUGGCCAUCCCUUGAAGAGGGGAGAUGUAGGAGAUCUUUUGAGCUCCUAUCCCCUUAGCAGUUCUUCAUUCCCGAUUCCUUCACCUAACGACAAGUUCUCGUUUGGUGGUAAUGGUUAUCCAUCUGUAUAUGGGCGCCAACGUCAGCGUCAAGAACAAAACUUCUAUUCAGGUGGUGGACGCCAAAACUUCAACCAGAAUCACAAACAAAACCACAACAGCAACUCACAGCAGCAGCAACAAAACUUUAACAAUUCUAGUAGCAAGGACCUUCCUCCUCGGUUCAAGAACAGAAUGCUGCUAACGUCAUCACAGGGGCAGUCUCCAGAAGAAGUCUCCCUACGACCUGCAGCCAAUUCGUUGUCUAAUCAAGUUAAUUCUAAGCCGCCGAUGGGGUUGAAUUCAGGUCGACCAAUGGGCCUGAUGAGUGAUCCACUUAUGGCUCCCCCUUCUUUGAAGACCAGUUCACCUCUGCUUCACAAAGAACAAAUACUUAUCAAACAGGCAUCGCUUGAUCGCAGUAAGAGUGGCAAGAAGGACAAGGGUCCUACGAAGGAUGAAGUAUUGAAGAAAAUAGAAUCUUUAAUGGAAGAAUAUUCAAAGACAAACAAUGUCAAAGAAGCAUUAAGUGCAUACAGAGAACAAAAGAUACCAGAUCGAUUUAUCAGCCAGGUGCUUCUAACUAUAAUGGUUCAAACUUUGGAUAAGAAUGAUUCUGCGAGAGAGUUGGCAGGAAAUUUGAUUGUAGAGUUGAAGAAAGAGACUCUUGUUACUUCAGCACAGUUCUUAGAAGCUUUCAAUGAAUUAGUGGGUCAGAUGUCUGAAAAAGAAAAGGAGAUUCCUCGAUUUGCUGCUCAUUCAGUCUCAAAUGAGUUGGCUUCUCUUGCUGAAUUCUCUGAUGUGACCGAAAAUGGUGCACAUUUUCCUCUCUUCAUGCUAAUACUGCAGCAACUUCACAAAACGCAGGGAAAAGCUAAACUCACUCAAAUUUUCAAUGAUAGCAAGGUGAAUCUCUUGAACAUGCUGCCAGAAGUAGAUCGCACAAAAGAUAGGCUAUCUGAAAUUUUGGAGGAACGUGGACUCAGCUUUUUGUUUCCACUUCUUCGCAUCCAGUCAGAGUUGUGGAAACAGCUCCAGGCAGAUCCUAAUCCAACCACAUUUUAUAAAUGGAUUCGUGAUAAUUUAGAACCCUCUCAUCAUACUGACCCUGGUUUCAUCAAUGCAUUAAUGACAGAAUCAAUCGGAACUGAGGCAUCAGGAGCUGUACCAGAUAAACAACUGCUGGAAAAAGAGAAACUUCUUUUGGAGAAGUUCAAACUGGUGCUUCAAGCUUUCCUUCAUGAUCAUCUUAAGUUGCAAGUGAUUGCUGUAUACUCCUUGCAGGUGUACUGUUUUUCCCAGCAGUUUCCAAAGGGAAUGUUGCUUCGCUGGUUUGUGAAUUUGUAUGACUUGGAGAUAAUUGAAGAGGAAGCUUUUCUGCAGUGGAAGGAAGAUCUGAAUGAAGAAUAUCCGGGAAAAGGAAAGGCUCUAUUCCAGGUGAACCAGUGGUUAACAUGGCUGGCUGAAGCUGAAUCUGAAGAGGAAGAAGAGGGCGAAGAUUGAUGUUGGUCCCUAAAGCAUAGCAGUAUUGCCAGUGAAAUCAAAAUUUUUGGCAGGAAAUAGUAAUGUGGAAAAAAAUGAAAUUUUCUUACUCUUGUAACAUAGCUUCUGGUAAGCCAUGAUAAAAGUACUCUGUAAAUUGACUUUUGGAUGCACUGUUACCAUUUAUGGCAUGGAAUUAAGGAGCUUUAAUGAGAAAGUAAGUUUGUGGUUUAAAAAUGAAGUGAAGAAUUUGAAGAUAAAGCAUGCAGGAAGAAAUGGUCGAAGGAGAAGAUUGUUCAAAGGCAUUCAAAAAUUUGACCACAAACAAAUUUUUUGAAGUUAUGAUGCCAACAAAAAAAUAGUAAAAUGUACCCAUUUGGGUUGUUUCUAAUUUUUUUAUUAUUAUUAUUAAUAUUAUUACUAGAUCCUUUUCAUUAUGCAAGAAUGAUCUUUAUUAACAAUUCGUCUUUUUCUUUGCAAAUAGGUAAUGUGUGUGUCUGUGUGUGGAUCUGUGCUUGGUAGAAAUAAGCAAAAUCUAUAAAAUAUUAGUCUUCUUCUGGUCCUUGGGAGUAUGCAAGGCUUGUGUGAGAAUUUUAGAAUUUUUUUAAGUGUAUUCUUUGUGCCUUUGCACUUUGGGCUCCUUGUGGAUGAUUUUUAUUGUAGAUGUUUUGAAAGUCUGUGGCUUGGUAUCACGACAAUUGCAUGGCUGUAUUUAUGUCAUGAACUUGACUUGGGUUCGUAUGUCAACUAAGUUGAUAUUUACUCUGGUAAUUUUCAUCUUUUGUUGUUGGAGCACUUCAGGAAUACGUUCAUAUAAUAUUACCCAUUAUCAUUUGUAAAGUAGUGAGAUGUACAUUAAUUAUUUCCAAAUGAAUGUAUUGUCCACAUGUAUUGAAAUAAACUUGCCGUGGUGUAAUUUAUUAACAACA